AUGCCCCCAGCAAUGUAUACGAAGAAGAACCAGCAACACACGUCGAAGGGACAUGGGAAGUCCGACAGCAAGAGGAGACUGAUGACUGAUACCAUAACCGCGAGACUCCCGCAGAAUUCUGGCACCCCCAACUCAGCGACUUCCAGUUCCAGCUCAAAUGGUAACGGGAACAGCCAACAACGAAAGAUCUCCAAAUUCACGCCGAGAGAGCUCAUAGAUGACUUGGAUGACUCCUCGCUCUCAAUAUUCAAGAUGUACCAGCGGAAGAGUUAUCUACCUCAGUCACAGAGAAUUGCAAACAUUGCGUGGAGAAUUCAGAAUAAGAAGUUAGCAGAAAGGGCCAAGGAAAAGCAUGAUCUGUUUGAAAUACAGACUACAAAGCCUGUCCCUGUCCCUGUACCCAGUGCCAUUGGAGGAAAAAUUAUUGAAAACUUGAAUGAUCCAAAUCUCGACGAGUUUGAUUAUGUGGCCCACAUACGGAGAAUCAGUCAGGAAGAAUAUGGCCUCAAUAAUGAAAGUGGAGAUGUGGGACAGUCCGACGAGCAGACUCCAACACUGCAACAUCUGCAACAAAAGCAGCAGCACCAACAACGACUGCUGCUGCUGCUGCUGACCCAAGCAUCUACAGCAGCUCCCAUGCAAGUAUCUAAAUCUACAACAUUUAACUCCCCCGAAUCGAACUCGAACUCCUUGACUUCACAAUCGUCAUCCAUUUUCUCCAGCGUCAAGUCUUCCAAUUUCUCGAACAAAACAGACCCCAACUUUUUAGCAACAUAUAUCAAUUCAUUGGAGACUUCACUCCAGCAGGACUACAAAGCAUCUAUGAUGGACUCUCCGCCAAAGGCGAAGAGGCAAUCUUCUACAAUGUCAGCUUCUUUCUCAAAUAGUUCCAAUAACGGGAACCCCAGUAACAACAAGAAGAUAUUGCAAUGUACAAACUGUCAAACUCGCACAACUCCUCUAUGGAGGAAAUCUAGUUCUGGUGACCUACUCUGCAAUGCAUGUGGUCUCUUCUACAAGCUUCAUGGAGUGUUGCGUCCGUUGAGCACUACAACAAAUGCUACAGGGAAUCUCAACACUGGUAAGCAAUCGCAGUCACAAAUGUCACUACAAAACCAACAGCCAAAGGCUGCAAAUAAAGUUAACGAUAGAACGAUAAUGAAUAAUAAUAUGAAUCUAUUCAACUACAUGAAGGAUAAUAAUAAUGAAACUAAUAACAAUAGUACUAAAACACAGUCUAUAUCUCAAAGAGAGCGUCAACCUCUGCUGUUCCACCAACCAAUAAGUCCGAAUAUCAUAUCUCACCACCACCACCACGGGCCAAACAUAGGUAUUUCCAAAUCAUUGGAUGAUACUAAUCUGCAUAAUUCGGAAUUCUUGGAAAUGGAUCCAUUCAUCAAUGACAAUUCACACGCCGAACCAAAUUCGGAAUACAUAGACAAGCUACUCAAUGCCAACUUGUUCCAAACUGAAUCAUACAACAUCGGUGGAGACCAUCACCACCAUGAAUCUCAUAACUCAAAGGAAGAUCAUGACAUGUAUGGCUACCAGAUGGAGGGUAGUGCAGAAAUGGAAGGAAUCAGCGAUGAAAUUCUAAUAGAUUCUGCGGAGUCAAACUCACACAACUGGAAUUGGCUUGAUUUCGGACCAUCAAAGCAUUAA